GAGGUUCACCCCCUGUUUCUGUCUGCAGGAGGCUGAGCUCGGCCCCACCAGGGGCUCCCCAGGGCCCAGGAAGGAGGGCGUCUGCUUGAGAGGCUGUCCUGAGGUCGCCCAGGCCAGCAGAAAAGAUAAGGACCUGUAGCGGCCCUGAGGAGACUGCCUGAGCUGAGCCCUGCUGGCUCCCAGUCUACCAACAUUGAGCACACCCGCUGGGACCAAGAGACUUGAGCCUUUAGGCGGAGACUUUUCUAUCUUGUUUAAUUCAUGUACUUAAACUUUAUACACCUUCACGCCAGCAGAAAGCACUGUUGCAGCAGGGAGAGAAGGGAGAGGAGAGGGAGGGAAAAAGAUAGAGAAAGUCAUACAUUGAGAUAACUGGAGAUGGAGUAAAGGAACGAAGACUGCCCCCUGCUGGCUGAACGGCAUACAGGCAGUGUGCUGGUUUUUUACAGUGCAGUAGCAAGAGCUGCCACCAGAGGUCCAGAUCGACAUUUUCUCUGGACCUUGAGACCGCUGCUCACAAGCCAGCACAUCCAGUAUUUUACACUUCAGAUCAAUCCUCCUCAAAUUAUUUCAGUUUAAAUUGUGUACAUAUUAUUUGGACAAUGAUCAGGGUGCUGUUGCUUUUGUUGGUGUGUCAGUCUGGCAUCUGUCUGUAAGUCGGUCAGAGUCAGAUUGGCUCUCUCUUCGUCUCCCUCUCUUCCUCGGUGUCUGUCUGUGUGCGUCUUACUGUCCCCUAACUCCCCACUGACUGUCUGUUCUCACAGUGUUCCCACUGUUCCAGGACUGUUUUCACCCUGCAUGGAGUUUGGUGUAAUAAAUAAUAUGAGAAUGAAAGUUAGAGGGAAGCUGCCCACAGAUACAGAAAUACAAAUGUGUGCGUGUGUGUGCGUGUGUGUGCGUGUGUGUGCGUGUGUGUGCGUGUGUGUAUGUGUGUAUGUGUGUUUGCACAGACUCUUUUGCAAGAGCUCUGCCCUCUGAGCCCUUAUCACCCCUGCCCUGUUCUUUGCUGAUUGUAUCUGUAGGGAGUCACUUCUGUUGUUUUUCAAAGGUGGAGAUAAAUUCCUUUGUUGCAUGUGGCAGUUAAAAUGAAUAAUUACUGCUGCUGUCUCUAAAGACACUGUCCCUGCCUCUAGAGACACCAUCACUGCUGCUGUCUCUAGAGACACUGUCCCUGCCUCUAGAGACACUGUCACUGCUGCUGUCUCUAGAGACAUUGUCCCUGCCUCUAGCGAAUAUUUGGUUUGGAAGUAGUGGGGCUGAUGGGGAUGGUGCUCAGGUCCUGCACUCUCACACGGUUGUUCUGAGAGAGGUGUGAGCACUCUCACUGACCAGGCGCUCGUCAGACCCUGCGGACUCGCAGGCCUGGCUCAUGCUGAUGGACCACAGUGUGAUAUACUGACAGCUUGCAGCCUGGGACAGAGGGGGUGUCACUGUGACCCCAGGAGCAGGAGAUCUGCGAAGUUUGCCGAAUCUGCGCAGCUCUGCUGAGUUGGUGCAGUUUGUCUGCGCAGCCCGGCAAAGAUGUAAACGCACCAGUGGGACCUGAAGUGAGUCCAGUGCGAGGAGAGAGCUCACCAGCCCAGCGAUUCACCUGGUUUCAGACAGGAGCCCAGAGCUGUCUGCUGCCCUCCUAGAGCCUUGCUGUUUACACACUUUCCCAGCUGUGUGUGUGCGAGAGAGUGUGUGAGUUUCACUCAGUGUCCAGAAAGGACUCGGAAAGUCUCAGUGUUCCCCUCUGCUCUGGGCCGGGUCAGGCGCUGUCCUGCUGGGGCGGCUGGUUCAGUGGAGCAGUUGGAGGUCCGAACAAAACUCUGAAAGUCCCAAGUGUAGAAGUGAAACUAGAGGUUUCUCUGUGCCGGAGAGAAGCUGCCUGGGAGUGUGGCUCCAGCUCAGCCGGGUGGGAGUUCCAGGCAGCGGAAGUCUGGGGGGGGGGCAUGGGGCCCCCAGGGCAUGACUGACAGCAGGACAGCGGGGUGGGCGGGGCUGACCUCUCGACCCUGUGGGCAGGAGGAGGGGCUGGCAGGGGUCUGGGUGAUGUCAUCACGGACAAGCCCCAGCAGCCCUGAACAUUCCUCAGAGCCUGACUCCUGCCUCCACACCCCUCCCCCUCUCCCGCUCUGUCCCAGGCGUCUCCCUGCUCCUGCUCCUGUUUUCCCGGCUCCACACUCCCCUCCCUCUUUCUUUAUGAACACCUCUUCUCAGUCCCUGUACCAGAGUCAUCGUGUGCUGUUAAUCCGUGACGUUUAGGCCUUGUGCACGCUGCACACACUCCCAGCCUCGUCUGCGUGUCACAGAUUCGCCGAACAGCUGGGUGUACGCGCUGCACACACUGAACACCAGAUGUGGAUAUACUGCAUAAACACACUGAACACCAGGUCUCCAUAUACUUAAUACAUUUGCAGACUAAGCACCAGGUGUGUUUAUGAACUGUACACUGAACGCCAGGUGUUCACAGGCUGUGUACCAUAUAGACACUCUGAACACCUGGUACGCUGUUGAUUGGCGUAUACCUGCUGCACCCUGGGGUGUCCUGUUCAGGUCUGGGGCCAGCAGCAGCUCCAGCUGGGAGGCAGGGAGAGGAGAGUCUGGGAGAAGGGGGGCGGGGGCUGUCCGUGGGCAGGUAUCUACUCACAUCCUGCUCCCCCGCAGGAGGAGGAGACAGAAAGAGAAAGAGAAAGAGGGAGGGAAGCAGUGGGGGUGAGGCUGUGCGUCAGUUUCGUGGAGCUCAGGCUCUGACUCAAGAACUGUUCACCUUUUCCGGCCGGAGCCGGAGCCGCAGAGGGGGAGGGAGGGCUGGAGGAAAGGGAGUGGCCUGACGGAGCUGCUCUCCAGGUCCUGGGACAGAGACCCGCCGUGCCGACACCCUGCCAGGACCGGGAGCACAGACACUGCGCGGGACCCCAGUCUGCCCAGCACAGACGCACAGCGAGAGCCAGGCUCAUCUGCAGGCUCCCCCUGACGGCCCUGAUAGCCUGGAGCUUCACUGCACAGUGCAGCCAAGACACUUCUCUGUCAUCUGGAGCAAACUGAGGGGCUCAUUACUGUAGACCCCUGGGGUACAGAGUGAGGUGUCGUGCUGUGUGUCGGAGUGUCCCCGGUGCCCCCCGGUGCCCCCAGCGCCAUGAUGGCAGCCCCGCAGCCCCAGAAGAGGAUGGUGUCGUCCGUGUUCAUCACCCUGGCACCGCCGUACCGCGCGCAGGUGCGUCCCGCGUCCCGGGACACCCAGCCCAGCGCCACUGGCACAGGGUCCCAGCCCCCCAACACAGGGGGCGCUGGCUUCACCAGGACAGCAAGCCCUCCAGCCACCAGGGCGGCGCCAACAGCCAAUGGGCAGCACCAAGCCCAGCCCUCACCUGGGUGGAGAGGCAGCAAGGGCACAGGUCCAACAGGGAGUGCAGCACUGGCCACAGCAGCGUCCGCAGCACUGACCACUGCAGCGUCCACAGCCAGGACCACAGCACUGACCACUGCAGCGUCCACAGCCCUGACCACAGCUGGGAACAGAGAGAACGGCACUGAAGACUUCCCCUCUGUCCUGCCCCCGCCACCCCCACCGCCCCCGCCAGAGGCAGCCCUGCCCGCAUUCUCCAGCCCUUGCCUCCCACUGCCUCCCCCUCCACUGGCUGUCACAGCGCCCCCUGUCUCCAGCGCGGGGCCACUGCACACACUGAAGGGCACAGCGGCAGGGCAGGGAAGGCAGUGCGAGGAGCAGGCUCCCUCUGGUGGUGAAAAGCAGCCAGUGGACCAGCCCCUGGACUCCCAGCCCAGCUGGUCAGCGCCGCCCCACAUGGACAGCAGAGAGAUCUGUGGCUACUGCCACAAGCUUGUCCCGUCCACUGAGCCCGCUGUGGAGGCCCUGAGCAAGACCUACCAUGCAGGCUGCUUCCAGUGCCGGCAGUGUCGCCGCCCGCUGGCCGGACAGCUGUACUACAACAAAGUCGGAACUCCCCUGUGUGAGCCCUGCUACUCGGCCACUCUGGAAAGGUGCAUGCGCUGCAGUCAGGUGAUUCAGGAUCACGUGAUUAGGGCCAUGGGCAAGGCCUCCCACCCAGAAUGCUUCAUCUGCACAGUGUGCAGCAGACCAAUCGGAGAAGAGAAAUUCGCCGUGGAUGACAAGAACGAGCUGUACUGCCUCCAGGACUAUUACAGGACGUUCGCCCCCGAGUGCAGCGUGUGCCGCCAGCUGAUCGUCCCCAGGGAGGACGGCAAGGACGCCUACACUGUGGAGUGUCUGGGCCGCUGCUUCCACGAGGACUGCUACCGGUGUGAGAACUGCAGGGUGCUCCUAAUCACCUUCGUGACAGAAAGGGCAGCGAUCCCGCUGUGUCCGCGCUCAGCUAGGAGACCGAGUCCGCAGCCGGUCCGUCUGAACGGGCUCCGAGCCCCCACACCCCACCUUCCGGGGGCGCCUGUGCACGUGCCAGCGUUUCCCAGCACCCCUCCCCUGCGCGACCCCUGA